AUGACCGUCAAGGAGCAUUCCGGCAGUAGUGGAAGCACCCCAAUUCCCGCUAUUGACAUACCUCAGAGCCUUGUGAAAAGCCUUCAUAUGCCUCUUGACCAACUGCUUCUUUUACGGCCAUUGUUAGUCUGCCACGUUAGUCGUUUCGCGCCUGGUGUGAUCAACAGUUGGUUACCGCGUGCUCUUCUCGUCACAGAAACCGGGCAGUUGCUGCUCUUUGACACUCACGAUGGCCGUGUCACUCAUGAGACCUCUUUGCGACUGGAUAAACCCCCAAUGGCUGAAGAUGGUAUGCCAAGAAGUGAAGAAGAUAAGCGCCUGGUGCACGUGGUAUUUGAAAAUCAGAUGGAAAAGGCGAUAACAACGACUAUGUGGCUUAAGAUCGCUGUAACCGAUUCUGUUUUUGCUGCUGUUCUCCGAUUUCAGGAGCCAUUUUCUGGAAUGCCUGCAACCUUAUUGCGGGUGAUAUUACGAUUUGUCCCUGAACGUCUUGUCUCCAUACAGAAGUGUGCAAAAGAGGGACCACUUGUAAAAUUUAUAUCGAAAGAAUUUUGUAGUAUAUCGAGUAUAAAAUCUGGUAAUAGUAGUCCUCCUCGUCGUAGUGGUGUAUUGACACCGAGAUCAUCUGCGAAACAUUACAUGACGGAAGUUGUUCGACAAGAGCUACAGCGACAAAGUGUCUUUAAGAGUGAAAUGACUGAAGCACAAAAUGCCUUAGCGGAGGGUUCUAAGGAUAGAGAUGAGGAUAAGGUUUCUGACAUACUCCCUCUCACCGCAGAGGAAGUUGUACCACCACAACCUCUUGUUGUAUCGGCAUUGGCAGAUAAUGAAGAUACAGUACCCACUAGUGAAAACGCUGACGAAAACGAAGAAGAGGGAGAAGAAAGUGAAGAAGAGGAAGAAGAAAGUGAAGAAGAAGAAGAAGCUUCAGAGGAAAAGCAACAGGAUUCAGAUGAUACCGAAGAUGUAAUACCUCCACAGGAAGAGGUGAAUGAAGAAGGGUGUGAUGCUUCAGAAGAAGAGGGAGAAGGGCAAAAAAAAAGUUUGGAUAUGCCCCAGAAAGAUGACGUGGUCUUCUCAUAUGGUAACGAUAAAGAGAGGUCUGAACGGAAAGAAAGAAAUGCAGAUACAUUUGUUUUUCAUAAUCUCGCAAAAGUGGUGUCUUCUACUCCAGAAGGUCGUGAAAGUGAAGUGGAAAGGGAAGUAUCUCAAGAACAAGUGUCGAGAGAAGACAUGUGGAAAAAAAAUCAUACAUCACAUCAAUACGAGAGUAAAGAAAAACAUGUGAAAUUGGUAACUGCGGAUAUAACAAAGGAUGAACAGAUAGAACUCUCACCCAAUGAUGAUGCGAGGUGUUCCUUUGAUGCCACCCCGCUGCAGCGGGCAACACCAACCUCAGCUCCACUAUCGAUACCAAGCGGUAAAAUAAUUAAGGAAAUGGUUCCCUACAUUUUGUCAUUAGAGAAUACUGAAGAGAAUGAAUCACACAUUGUUCAUAACAGCAGCUUCGCGUUAGAUGGAUCACAGCAAACUUCAUCCACUUCUCUUAAAAAAAUGGAUAACGUAGAGACAAUAAUGAAUGACGAAGUCUUGUCUCACUCUUUAAAUAAACAGGACGAAAAAGUUUCCUCCAUAUUGUAUAUCAGCACGAGUGGAGGAGGGACAGCAUUAACGCAGAACUCUGUUAAUGUUGCUCUUCGGGCCAAUGGAAUUCACAUCUUAUCCACCUAUCCUCUACAACGACCAACAACAGACUACACUAACGAAGCUACCGGAAGUACAGAGACAAAACAACACUGGCAGCAAGUAUACAACGACAAUCUUGGAAGAAAGAGCGAACCACGCGUGAGCAAAAGAGCACCCACAGGUACUUUCACACGAACCAUAAUAUCAUAA